CGGAACAGAGGAAAAAAUGAGGAGUUGUGUCCAUAGCCAGACAUUUCGUAUCCAAAGGGGCCAUAGUUUUUUGAUUGGGGAAACAAUGAACGAUCAGAAUUAAAGAAGAGAGAAGGGCAGUGGGGCCCGUAAUCACUCAGAGCAUGGUAUUCGGGAGUCUGAACACACGUAGCAGCAUCACCUGCACUCUCGUUGUCACCUCCAGCCAGAUAGCUCGACCCUUAACCUGUCACACUUCUCUCGCCACUUUGAACACUCUCUCAUAACUCCGGAUCUGUUCUCCUUCUCCUUCUUCCUGAAUCUCAGUCUCUCUCAGACAAAACCCUAAGCGCAGACGAAGAUGGUUUACACCAUCUCUGGAAUUCGAUUUCCUGUUGUUCCCUCGCUGUACAAGUCCAGCUUCCGUUGUGAUCGCAGGACUGCAUCGCUUCCUCUUUUCCUCCGGAACAACUCUUCCUCCCGGAAAACCCUUGCUGUAAAAUUUUCCCAUGAUUCUGAUUCCACUUCUUCCAUGAUUGCUGAAUCUGAUAAGGUACUUAUUCCUCAGGAUCAAGAUAACUCUGCAUCCUUGACAGAGCAACUUGAAACUCCUGAUAUAACCUCAGAGGAUGAACAGAACUUAGAGGAAUUAACCAUGGAAGAUGAGGAUAAAUACAGCUUUGAAGAGAUUGAGGACGGCCAAGGUUCUGUUGUUUCAUCACUUGCAGAUGUUAACACCAAUGCUCAAGCCAAGAAGACAUCAGUAUCUGUUCACAGGAAAGUGAAAAUAAAAACUGAUAAAGCUAAACCUAAGAUCAUUCCCCCACCUGGCACUGGGCAGAGAAUAUACGAGAUUGAUCCAUCUUUGCUAAAUCACCGUGAGCAUCUUGAUUUCCGUUUUGGACAAUACAAAAGAUUGCGUUACGAAAUUGACAAGCAUGAAGGUGGUCUGGAUGCAUUUUCUCGAGGUUAUGAAAAUUUUGGCUUCACGCGCAGUACCACCGGCAUUACCUACAGAGAGUGGGCACCUGGAGCGAAGUCAGCAGCAUUAAUUGGAGACUUCAACAAUUGGAAUCCAAAUGCAGAUGUUAUGACCCGGAAUGAAUUUGGUGUGUGGGAGAUCUUCUUGCCAAACAAUGUGGAUGGUUCACCACCAAUUCCUCAUGGUUCUCGGGUCAAGAUUCGCAUGGACACUCUCUCUGGAAUCAAGGACUCAAUUCCUGCUUGGAUCAAGUUCGCUGUACAGGCUCCUGGUGAAAUUCCAUACAACGGAAUAUACUAUGACCCACCCGAAGAGGAGAAAUAUGUCUUUGAACAUCCUCAGCCGAAGAGACCAAAAUCACUUAGAAUAUACGAAUCACACAUUGGAAUGAGUAGUCCAGAGCCAAAAAUCAACACAUAUGUCAAUUUUAGAGAUGAUGUACUACCUCGUAUUAAAAGGCUUGGCUAUAAUGCUGUCCAGAUUAUGGCUAUCCAAGAACAUUCUUAUUAUGCCAGCUUUGGGUACCAUGUUACAAAUUUCUUUGCACCUAGCAGCCGGUUUGGAACUCCAGAGGAACUUAAGUCUCUGAUAGACAGAGCCCAUGAACUAGGUCUGCUUGUUCUGAUGGAUAUUGUACACAGCCAUGCAUCAAAUAAUACACUGGAUGGCCUGAACAUGUUUGAUGGAACUGAUGGUCAUUACUUCCAUCCUGGGUCACGAGGUUAUCAUUGGAUGUGGGAUUCUCGCCUUUUUAACUAUGGAAGCUGGGAAGUACUGAGGUAUCUACUUUCAAAUGCAAGAUGGUGGCUGGAUGAAUACAAGUUUGAUGGAUUUCGAUUUGAUGGCGUUACAUCAAUGAUGUACACACAUCAUGGAUUGCAGGUCGGAUUUACUGGAAAUUACAACGAGUAUUUUGGUUAUGCAACUGAUGUUGACGCUGUGGUUUACCUGAUGCUGGCUAAUGAUGUCAUUCGUGGGCUCUUCCCCGAGGCUGUUAUAAUUGGUGAAGAUGUUAGUGGAAUGCCAACAUUCUGCCUUCCUACCCAAGAUGGUGGGGUUGGCUUUGAUUAUCGCCUGCAUAUGGCUGUUGCUGACAAGUGGAUUGAGAUUCUCAAGAAAAAAGAUGAAGACUGGAAAAUGGGUGAUAUAGUCCACACACUUACAAACAGAAGGUGGCUGGAAAAAUGCGUGGCUUAUGCUGAAAGUCAUGACCAGGCCUUGGUUGGUGACAAGACAAUUGCAUUUUGGUUGAUGGACAAGGAUAUGUAUGAUUUCAUGGCUUUAGACAGACCAUCUACUCCUCGUAUAGAUCGUGGUAUAGCAUUACACAAAAUGAUUAGGCUUAUUACCAUGGGCCUUGGUGGUGAAGGGUAUUUGAAUUUCAUGGGGAAUGAAUUUGGCCAUCCUGAGUGGAUUGAUUUUCCAAGGGGUGAUCAACAUCUUCCUAAUGGUGCAGUAAUUCCUGGGAAUAACAACAGUUUUGAUAAAUGUAGGCGUAGAUUUGACUUGGGUGAUGCAGAGUAUCUAAGAUAUCGAGGGAUGCAAGAGUUUGAUCAAGCCAUGCAGCAUCUAGAAGAAAAGUUUGGUUUCAUGACUUCUGAGCACCAAUAUAUUUCACGGAAAAAUGAAGGUGAUAGAGUUAUAGUCUUUGAAAGGGGAAACCUAGUCUUUGUCUUCAAUUUUCAUUGGACCAACAGCUAUUCAGAUUACAGAAUUGGCUGCUCAUCCCCGGGGAAAUAUAAGAUUGUCUUGGAUUCAGAUGAUGCCUUGUUUGGUGGCUUCAGUAGGCUCAACCACGCUUCUGAGUACUUCACCACUGAAGGAUGGUACGAUGACCGACCUCGAUCCUUUCUUAUCUAUGCCCCUUGCAGAACAGCAGCGGUUUAUGCCCUUGCAGAUGAAGCAGAGGAAGAAGAGCCAGUUGAACCCUGAUGACAUGUUUCUGAGAUAAACGUCAAGUACACAAUGGCAUGGAUGCAGUAACUCCCUAAUCAAACGUGCCACACAACGUUGGUGGCCCGACACUUGAUUAAGAAGCAGAAAUAAAGUGAAAUAAGUGGAGAGCUAGUUAAUUCUUAAGUGUGGCAGGAGAUUAUCGUCAAAAUCUUGUACAAGUGCCUUGCUAGGUAUGUUAUGUAUAUAACACACACACCAAGCCUUCUGUUUUACGUUUUAGAGUUUAGCGUCUUGACAUGUUCAAGUUGCAUCGCGAUUGCGAAAUGUGAAUCAACAAAGCUACGGUCCGCGAACCUGAGACUCAACGUACCUAUGCACAUAUCAAUCUUCAUAAGUGCAUGCGCUAUUUAAGAUUUAGAAGCUUCCAAGGGGCUCGUAUACCCUGAGAAAUUUUGCUGGAGGCUUCUAUAUAUGUCUCCUUUUAGACUUAAAUUUUGAGUUGUAGCAAUAUAUAGUAUUCUGUGCCGUGUUAAUAAAGUAAUUAUACAGGAAAACAAGAAAACAAGGGUUGCACCUUCACUUCCUUUUCCUGUUUUUUGGAAAAUAAUUACAAUAACCUGUCUAUAUUCGUCAUCUGUAAAUGCUUGUUCUUUUUUAUGCCGUGACCAAGUGGCAAAAAUGAUGAUAAUUACCUGUGAGAAGAAAAUGGUGCUGACUUCACGGCAAUGCUGGGUGAGAGUUCAGUAGGCGCUUCCAUUAGUUUUCGGCUCUUGGAUUUUGGAUAUAAAUAUUCAUUAAGUAACGUUUAUAACAUAAAUUUAAUUAUUGAAAACAAGUUAUUUUGAUAAAUUAUAGUAAAAUAUCCGUAUCUUGCUUCUUUAGAUCACAAUAGUUUUUCCUUAUUUUCUGUCUCUAUUCUCUUUUCCUUCCUUAAAACAAUGACUUGACUUAAUUGGAGGUUGAGAGCAAGAAAAACUUUUUUUCUUUUUCAUUAGCAAAGGUGCUUUCAGCCAUCAACUUUUAAAACGAGAAAAGGAAAUGGACCUACCUAUACUCGUCUCUCAGACGAUUUCGCGUGUAAGUGUUCUAAUAUCCCUGUACUCGUGAAUACCCGCCUUGAAACCAUCUUUUCGUUUUCUGUUUUCGUCGUUGAGAAAUUUGCCCUCUCAUGAAAGGAUGUUCUAUUCACAUACUGGGAAUUAUCGAGUAUUUUGGGAGAUCAGAUGUGAUCUUUUUUCACUUACAGUAGAGGGUGGGGGCCGAAUCAGACAAGUAAUGUGUCCAUACUUUUAGGAACCGAGGUAAUCUGACUAGACUUAGGUAAUGCCUCCAAGAAAAGGCAACGUUAAUGGGCAAUCCACCAUCAAU